UAUCCAAUUUUAUAAUUCACACACAAAAACCAAAUAUAUACACACUUUGCGCGUUUGGAGUCAGCUUUGCUCAAGGCUUCUUCGACCCCCGAAAAAAGGUCUCUUUGCUGCUAAGCCUUGAGGUGUCAUUCCACAAUGGCAGAUGGUCAAGAGCAUGACAAGAAUAUUGAAAUAUGGAAAAUGAAGAAACUGAUUAAAGCUCUAGAAUCUGCAAGAGGAAAUGGUACCAGCAUGAUCUCCCUUAUCAUACCUCCAGGUGACCAAAUAUCUCGAGUUACAAAGAUGUUGGCAGAAGAGUAUGGAACUGCAUCAAAUAUCAAAAGCAGAGUGAACCGUCAGUCAGUCCUGGGUGCAAUAACAUCUGCCCAGCAAAGGCUCAAACUUUAUAACAAAGUUCCCCCGAAUGGACUGGUGCUCUAUACAGGAACUAUUGUGACGGACGAUGGGAAAGAAAAGAAGGUCACCUUUGACUUUGCACCUUUUAAGCCCAUUAAUGCUUCUUUAUACCUGUGUGACAAUAAAUUUCACACUGAACCUCUGGGUGAACUUUUGGAAUCUGAUGAGAAGUUUGGUUUUAUUGUCAUGGAUGGGAAUGGCACCCUUUUUGGUACCUUAAGUGGAAACACCAGAGAAGUGCUUCACAAAUUCACUGUUGAUCUCCCAAAGAAGCAUGGAAGAGGAGGGCAAUCAGCUCUUCGAUUUGCUCGUCUUCGAAUGGAAAAACGACACAAUUAUGUUAGGAAGACAGCAGAGCUUGCUACACAGUUCUUUAUUAACCCUGCAACAAGCCAGCCGAAUGUUUCUGGGUUAAUUCUUGCUGGAUCUGCUGAUUUCAAGACUGAGCUAAGUCAAUCAGAUAUGUUUGAUCCUCGAUUACAAGCUAAGAUCCUUAAUGUGGUUGAUGUGUCUUAUGGUGGGGAGAAUGGUUUCAACCAGGCAAUCGAGUUGUCUGCUGAGAUUCUGUCUAAUGUGAAGUUCAUACAGGAAAAGAAGUUGAUAGGGAAGUUCUUUGAGGAAAUUAGUCAAGAUACUGGGAAAUAUGUAUUUGGUGUGGAUGACACAAUAAAAGCUCUUGAGAUGGGAGCUGUUGAAACACUUGUUGUGUGGGAGAAUCUUGAUAUUAAUCGAUAUAUGCUGAAAAACAGUGUUACCAAUGAGAUUAUUGUUAAACACUUUAACAAGGACCAAGAGACUAAUCAUAGCAACUUCAAGGACCCUGCCACGUCUGCUGAGUUGGAGGUUCAAGACAAAAUGCCGCUUCUGGAGUGGUUUGCCAAUGAAUACAGGAAUUUUGGCUGUUCACUUGAAUUUGUAACCAAUAAGUCUCAAGAGGGAUCGCAAUUCUGCAGAGGGUUUGGUGGAAUUGGUGGAAUCCUUCGAUACCAGCUUGACAUGCGUGAUUUUGAUGAGCCUUCUGAUGAAGGAGAAUUGUACGAAGAUUCCGAUUAAGUUGUUUUCCAGUCUCUUCCCGAUUCUGGUUGAUUGAUGGAAGAUUCACAAUUGCAUGGAAGUUUUUUGGCUAGAACAAUGAUGAGAUUCUGGUUGUGAUGUUAGAGUCGAACACGCAGUUUAUGUUCUCUUCUGGUGUUGUAUUUCUUUAUCUUUACUAUAUGAGUCAUGGGACUAGCCUAAUAGUUGAAACAGGACUCUUAAAUUUGUCUUAAAAUUUGUGUGCCAUUUCAUCCUUUUUGAGUUAAUUAGAUUUUUGACUAUAUUGCUCUUGAUAGCUAUAUAAUGUUGUCUUUGUAUCA